CACAAGAAGGAUCCGCGAUUAGUGGUCUCUGCGGGUAACGAUGGUUUCGUUAGGGUAUUCAAUGCAGACACGGGUGAAGUGCAAGGGGCGGUACAGCUUCAACAUCAAAAUGACAAAGUGCGUGGAGUUGCGUGGUCUGAAGUACGUCCGGAUCUAUUGGCAGUACAAUAUUAUCAACAUCCAACCGAGUUUCUUUCUAUCGAAGGUGGUAGCGAGGUAAGUAUUAAGCAGUUUUAUUGGUAA